UGCAACAAUUAUUCGAGUGUUUGACAGCACUGUGGCUUAACUCUGUGUUCUUUUCACGUCCGUAAAAUGUAAAACGGAAACUUUAUUAUUUUGCAUUUAAAGCGACACUGUCCAACCAAAAACAUAUUUCAAGUGCAAUUGUGUAGUAAAGCAAUACCCAUACCCAUGUUAACCGAAGCCCCCAUGGCCAGUGACAACAUAAUGGACGAAUUAGCAUCUUUGAUACGCACCGAAAUUCCCGAUGGUCGCCAGAGCCUGCGCGACAGCUACACGAAUCUGGAGCGUGUGGCCGACUAUUGCGAGGACACCUACUAUCGCGCCGACAAUAAAAAGGCCGCCCUCGAGGCUACCAAAAACUACACCACCCAAUCCCUGGCCAGUGUCGCGUAUCAGAUCAACACGCUGGCCUAUAGCUACAUGCAGCUGCUGGACUUGCAGGCGCAGCAGCUCAGCGAAAUGGAGUCGCAGAUGAAUCACAUUGCUCAGACGGUGCAUAUACAUAAGGAGAAGGUGGCCAGGCGCGAGAUUGGCGUUCUAACGGCCAACAAGGUGAGCUCGCGCCAAUUCAAGAUAGUGGCGCCCAUUAAUCCUGAGAAGCCGAUCAAGUAUGUGCGCAAACCCAUUGACUAUUCAAUUCUGGAUGAGAUUGGGCACGGCAUCAAUUCGUCAGCCCAGCACGUUGUGAGACAGAAGCACAGAGGCUCGAGUCAUGGCUCUGUGCAAUCUCUGGUGCCGUCAUCGGUGGGCCCGCCGCCCACCACCAAGCCGCCGACGCCGCCGCAAAUGUCGCGUGCCGGCAACACGGGCACUCUGGGCAAAUCGGUCAGUAAUACUGGCACGCUGGGCAAGAGUUCGCGGGAGUAUCGCACGCCGCCUGUGGUCAAUCCACCGCAGGUACCUUCGCAUUAUGCGCCCAACUAUCCAAUCGGACAUCCCAAGCGCAUGUCCACGGCCUCGUCCACAACCACUACCACUGGCGGCGGUGCAGCGGGCAACGAGCGUGCUGCUGGCUACAGCGCGCUGCCCAUGCCACCCAGUCAGCAAAUUGCCACGCAUGUGAAUCUGCCCUCGGCGGGCAUGAUGCAGUCGCUACCACCGCCGCCGCCCACCACUUAUGACGACCGGAGCAGCAUGCCACCAGCGCCCCCGUCGCCGCUAACCGUCUCGCAGCACGAGAUGACCGAGCAGAGCCACAUUGGCAUGCAUACCCUGGGCCGCAAUAUCAACAGGAAUCCCAAUAGAAAUCAUUUCAGCUUGAAUUUUGCGCGUCCUGGCUCCCAAUCGCCACCGUUGCCGCCACCACCGCCGCCGGAGGAUGAGCAUCAGGACUUUGGACGUCCACGCACCUCAACAGGUCCACAAUUAGCGCCCAUUGUGCCGGAGGAUCAGAAUUUGCCUGGCUGGGUGCCCAAAAACUACAUUGAGAAGGUGGUGGCUAUUUAUGAUUAUUAUGCCGACAAGGAUGAUGAACUCAGCUUCCAGGAGAGCUCGGUGCUGUAUGUUCUGAAGAAGAACGAUGAUGGCUGGUGGGAGGGAGUUAUGGACGGUGUUACCGGUCUGUUUCCUGGCAAUUAUGUGGAGCCAUGUGUCUAAGCACUGCCAAUGGAAUUAACAAUAAUAAUAAUAUGCAUUAUGACAAAGACGAUAACGAUUUCCGGAUAUUGAUAAUGAUAAUUAUGUAACUACAGCCACAGCGCAGCUCUCACAAGUAUUCCACUAGCAUAAACUGAAUGGCAACUAGCUGCAUAUAGUUGUCAUCGCACACUCACACACACAAACACUCCAGCAACAAUUGUCAAAGCAUUUAUAUGAGAGCGCUCGCUAUUUUCAACGUAAACGUAAACUAUAAACUAAUUAAAUAUCCUAAUAGUCGAAAAUAGCCCAAAGUAAUGAAAAAUUUGAAGAAAACUGAGUACACAUAUAAAUAUGACCUAUUUAGUAUACUGACAUAGACGAAUUCGGCCCCCAAGUUAUAAAGUGGUUCAAUAUUUGCCAGCGCUUACAACAAUUUUUGUGUGAAGCUUAUUUUUUGUAUUUUGUUUGUUUGUUUCCAUUGCGCUUGCAACACGCCCAUACCACCCACAACUCCCGCAGUGACGUAGGUUAUACGAAUUUCAGUUAGCAUUUAGCUUUUAGAUAUUGGCCAGUUGGUUAUACAGUUUUUUUAUACACACAUACAUAUACAUAUUUACAAUACAAUAAUAUGCAUUAUAUAAAUAUUAUUUGCGACAAUGCAUACUGAAGAUUUAGUUAAAAUGAAAUUACAAACAUGAAAUCAAAUUAAAUUUAUAAAAUAUACAAGCACAUGCAUUAUAUGGUAUAAUAGCUAAUAAAAAUUUCAAUUUUCAAA